AUGUUUAGAACUUCCAAAUCCGGUAGCUCAUUGAUUAAUUUAGCUGGCAGACAGUCAGCUUUACUUAACGGCAGUAAGCUUUCGGUCGCACCAUUGAACAUUAGGUGCUACUCUGCCAAGAAGGAUGACUCUAAAGUUUUACAGAAUGGUUUUGUACCAGAGGAAGUAAAAGCUAAGAGACGUGAGUUGUCAGAUUCAAAAUAUGAGUCUGCUACAUACCAAUUACCAAAAUGGAAAGAAGCUCUUGGGGAAUUUGUUAUUAGCACUCUAAAUUUAGAUAUGGAUAAGGUUAGAUCAGGUCCAAUUGCGGGCUCAUACUACUACUCUAUUUGUAAGGAACAAGGUCUUCAAUAUGCGGAUGAGCCACUUUCUCCAACUGCGAAAUUUUUCUAUGAAGACUUGAAACUACCAAAGACCUUUUCCCAAUGGUUCCAAAUCACUAUCCUACACGAAUGGAUCUUAUUUGUAAGAAUGAGAGCUAUGCCUUUUAAGUAUGGUAAAGCUUAUCAACAAAAAUUGGUAGAUAGAACUUUUGCGGACAUAGAAAAGAGAUUGUUUGAUGAGAUGAACGUGCGCUCUGGUAGAAUCACCGAUCAAUACAUGAAGGAUUUCAACUCACAACUUCGUGGUGCCGUGUUUGCAUACGAUGAAGGAUUCUUCGGUAGCGAUGCUGUGCUAGCUGCCGCUAUUUGGAGAAAUUUGUUUGGAGGUAGAAAAAACAUCGACAUGGUCCAUUUAGAAGCUAUGGUAAGAUAUGUUCGUGCCCAAUUAUAUGUUUUAAGCAAACUAUCAGAUAGAGAAUUCGCAUUAGGUGAGUUUAAAUUUGCAGCUCCUGAUGAAUUAGUUGAAACUCUAACCCCACAACAGGAAAAAUCCAUAAAAGAAAAGGUCAUUGCAAAAUACCAAGAAAUUGAUGCUAAUCCAAACACUCUUCCAAGUCAGAGAAGUAAACUUUCGUACACAAACUAA